CCAGUCAGUGAUCAUUACAAGUAAAUAAUUAGCAAUGGCUUCUACAUCUACUUUGAUUCACCUGCUGGGACUUUUGGCCAUUUUCCUGUUCGUAACCCUGGCUGCAGGAGAGCCAUUUCCCUUCGACGAGAGACGCCACAGGGGCUGGAAUCCGCGACCAGGACAAAUGCCACAGAUUCCCACCACACCACCUUUUAAUCCCUAUGGUUAAUAAAUAAAUAAAUUAUACCUUUCAUAAAACAAA